AUGUGGGCCAAUAUUAAAAAUAUAUGUUUGGAGUUAGGACAAGUUUUAAAUAUAAAUAUUAUCCAUCUCGAUUUUGAGAUAGCUGCUCAUACGGCUGUACAAAACACAUUUUCUGGAGUAACAGUUAAAGGCUGUAGAUUCCACUUCGGUCAAGCUUUAUGGCGGAAAAUCCAAUCAAACAAUAACCUUCGACAAUCAUAUAAUGCUAAGCAAAAUGAAACUGGUGAGUGGCUAAAAAUGUUUUUUGGAUUACCAUUUUUACCAGUACAUGAAGUCACUGAUGCAUUCACUGAUUUAAUGUCCAUAUGUCCACAAGAUGCAUGUUCUGCAUUUGGAGACUACAUUCUUAACACCUACAUUGAAGGACAAUUCCCAAUGGAAAUUUGGACCCAUCCAAUCAAUGCAAAUAUAACUACAAGGACUACGAAUGGAGCUGAAAGAUUUCACCAAGGGUUUAAUUCUGAAUUUUAUUCUCCGAAUCCAUCUGUAUUUAUGGUUAUUGACGUUUUAAGAAAUAUUCAUAUCGAUACAGUUACACGUAUGAACCAGUACCAUAAAGGAAUUCAAAAUAUAAUCCGUCCAAUUGAAAAACAAAAACAAGAGCAUUUAUUUCAAUUUUGGGAAGAAUUUUUACGUGACGGAGAUCGUAUAAAGUUUUUAAAAAACGUCGGCAGUCGGUUUCAGCCAAUAAAACUUUAAAAGUUUUAAACAAUUUUUAAAUAAAUAUUUUAAAUUUUUGAAACACCUAUAGGUACAUUCUUAGUUAUACAUUUUUUUUUUAAUUAAUAUUUUAAAUUAUUGAAUAUAUAUAUUUUUAAGCUUUUUACAUUUUUAUAUUUUUUUUUUUUGAUGAACUAUGAGAAUAAUGAGAACAAAUAAUUAAUUAUACAUAUACAUAUGCGUUUUUUGUUUAUCGACCUUUUUGGGGUCAAAAUCAGAACUGUGCGGUUUUUGGAUACGACAAUUUUUAAAAUUGUGCGGUUUUAACCUAUUAAAUGUGUGCGGUUUUAACCUACCAAAAGUGUGCGGUUUUGUCCUGCAUUUUAUCAAAAUUGUGCGGUUUUUGGAGUCA